CGCGCCGUAGAGGUGAAAGUCACAUAAUGCCUUCCCUAUGACCUCUACACCACCCUCCAGCAUGACCAAGUCUUCCACCUCAUCCAAGGCCUCGUCUGCGACACUGAAUGAGACAUCCGAAGAAUACCUCGCAGCUGUGUCUCUCGCUGGGCUUCUCGUGUGGGUAUUCAAGGACAUCGCUGGUCUGGACGCAAUGCCCGUGGUUGUUUUUGUCCCGGCAGCUGUUGCUUGCUUUGCACACGUUUCUCCCCACGUAUGGACCCCAGAAGGGCAAGGCUAACGACGCCUUUUCCAAUGCACUUCGCUUGGUCAAGCCUGAGAUGAUCCAGAUCUUCCUGUGCGUGCUCAGCCCCGAGUGGAAUAGGGAUGACGUCAUGGUGAGCGGCGCCGAUCGCGAUGAAGGCUAUCAAGGCCAUGCUGAGCGACCAUCACGGUACCCUGGCCAGCGCGUGCGCCCAGCCGUGUACCAAACAGCUCAAGGCGAUUGUCAAGUACCUGGGUGGUGGCUCGCCCAAGGCUAUCGAGACCGGGGGCAGCAAGACUGUUACUGGUGGCCCACCGGUGCCGGCUACCUCGCCGCCAUCCCAGCCUCUGGACUGGGCCGCGCUGAGUGCUUUAGCGAACAAGUCCGACUGCCGCACUGAUGCCGACCCAGCACAGCCUCCGGGCCCGUCUCUGAACGGGGCCUUGGUCGGAGUCAUCUUGGCCGAGUUUGACAGCCGCUCUGCUACCUUGGAGGCAUGGACACUCUCGUCCACGUCCUCGCGAUCAGGCUCGCAUGCCUUCACUGGCAGAAAGCGCGGCCGGGAUGACGACGACGACGGCAGGCGAGAGUAUGAAUGCAUGGACAAGGAGCUUUGCGAGCUCCAGUCUGACAUCCCGCGUUUGGUUAUGGAGUCGGUUUGUGUCCUGAAGCACAGGUGAGCCUGGCAUGACUGUGG